AUAAAAUAUGUCUUUGCAUGUUAUAUUUUGAUAUUUUGGGGUUUAUUUGUGUUUACGACUGCUAAAGACCAAGACAGUUCUGGAGUAUGCAAUGUUUCAUGGGCGAAUAACCAAAUGAGAUUGGGUUGCUGUUUGGAUUUUCAGUCAGUCGACGGUAACUGCAAGCCUUGUGUUGGACGACACGGACCUAACUGUUCCUUACCUUGUAAGAUUGGAUUCUUUGGAUUUGGAUGCCGUCAACUCUGUAACUGCUCCGACAGACAGGGGUGUGACCGACACACUGGCUGUUUUGAUAUCGCAGUUGACAAGAGAACAAAGUCUUACAGCGGAGAGAUCCUAGGGGCUGUAGGAGUUUUAUUUGGAAUCAUUUGUUUGUCUGUGGCAGGUGCUCUUACCAGGAGGUUCAAAUUGCAUUAUGAGAAGAAAUACACCACAAACCGGAACAACGUUAGGGAUGAGAUGACGAGUGAUGAAGCUCAAUCAAUUCAAGGGCAAUACCUUACUCCUAUUUCUCUCAAAGACAAGACGAUGAAGUCAUCGAGUAGCCCUGUUAAGAAACAGAGACGGACUAAUCAAGACGAGACGACGGAUGACACAGCACAAGAAAGCGGGUACACUGAAAUUCCAGAUUAUCAACAACUAAAGGAAAGCAGGACCAGAGUACAACACCAGUAUGCAAAACUCAGAGACUCUUAAAUCACCUUCGUUGUUUUAGCUUUUCUGAAUACACUUUUUUAAAUUUAAAAAUAGAAUUUAAAUUUUUGUUGUAUUUUAAAUGACUUUGCACGUUGAUGACAAAAUAAAUUACAUG